AUGGAUGCCAUUAACAAUCUGUACUUAGAUGCUCACUCAGUCCAAUCAUCCACCCUUGAUGGUGUUCUCACAUUGAGCCUUACAUCAAAGUUUCGAGGAGCAGCGGUUGCACCAGUUGGGAUGAUAAAACAGGCGCUUUGGAAAAUUGCCGGUAAGUGUUGA